AUGGGGCUGCCAGAGGAAGCAGAGGGGCAAGGCACAGGCUUGUUGCAGGAAGUGGUUUAUCUAGUGAGUCAGGGAGCUGAUCCCGAUGAGAUUGGUCUAAUGAAUAUAGAUGAACAACUGCCAGUCCUAGAGUACCCUCAGCCUGGUCUGGACAUCAUCAAGGAACUGACAUCUCCCCGCCUCAUAAAAAGCCAUCUACCAUAUCGGUUUUUGCCUUCAGACCUCCAUAAUGGUAAUUCUAAGGUAAUAUACAUGGCUCGCAACCCCAAAGACCUGGUUGUGUCUUAUUACCAGUUUCACCGCUCCCUAAGGACCAUGAGCUACAGAGGGACUUUUCAGGAGUUCUGCAGAAGGUUUAUGAAUGACAAGUUAGGAUAUGGUUCAUGGUUUGAACACGUCCAAGAAUUCUGGGAACAUCAUAUGGAUGCCAACGUACUUUUCCUCAAGUAUGAAGAUAUGCACAAGGACCUAGCCACAAUGGUUGAGCAGCUGGUGAGGUUCCUGGGGGUUUCCUAUGACAAAGCACAGCUGGAGUCCAUGGUGGAGCACUGCCACCAGCUCAUCGAUCAGUGCUGCAACGCAGAAGCACUUCCUGUCGGCAGGGGACGAGUUGGGCUAUGGAAAGACAUCUUCACUGUUUCAAUGAAUGAGAAAUUUGAUUUAGUUUACAAACAGAAGAUGGGAAAAUGCGACCUCACAUUUGAUUUUUAUUUAUAAAAAAUGCAUGCCUAUGAUAUCCAAAUAUAGCUAGAAGUGCUUUAUGCAUUCAUUUAUUACUUGCUGGACAAACUACUGUAGCUAUUAUGUGUAACGAGAUUUAAAGAAAAGAGAACAAUCUAAGUAAACCAUAGCAAAUACGAUUAUCCUUGAUCCUACACAGCUGUUUAUCUUUUAGUAUUUUAAUCCUUUGUCCACACAAAAGAACUUCCUAGACAAUACUAGAAUAAUCAGCUGUUAUGGAAUGUAUUAUAUGCGUAUAAGGUAUGUAUCAUAUAUGCAACUAGAAUGUACACGCCUUUUCAGUCCCACAUUAUUUAAUGUGUUUUAUAGAAGCUUUUCACUAAAACCUAAAUAAAUGUCCGUAA